AAUCUAUGUCACAACACACCACAUAUAAUAGAGCGUACCUACUAAAAACCAUAUACUAAAUAUUUAUAAUCAUGGACGUUAAGGCGCGCAACAAUGGCUUUGCUUACCACCUGUUCCAAUGCGUUGUUUUACUUGCUGUUGCUUUGGAGUUAGCCAAAUGUUCAGAGAGAGAAGUCUUACAAUGUUACAAGUGUUCAGUCACUGUGGAGAAGUAUUUUGUUGACAAUGCAACAAUUGUUACCCCACUGUGCUCCAAAUUCGAGGAGUCUGCACUUUAUGUUGCCCAGUGCCCAUAUUCGACGAUGUGUUUGAAGACGAUAUCAACGCUGCACCUUCAAAAUGGACAAAAGCAAGAAACGAUCACAAGAGGUUGUGCUCAACAAAAAAACACAACUCAGGUGUUUCGCAAUAGGCAAUGGGAGCAGGAGCACUUGGUGCAGGAGGUAUAUAAGGAAGGAUGCACGGAAAUUCUGUCUAACUUCGCGGGUUCGAAAAUAAUGCACUGCUACUGUCGCGGCGAAUUAUGCAACUCGGCGAAAUAUUUUACUGCGGACAGAAAACUGAUAAAUGCGAUUAUUUUUCUAUUUAGCGCUAUUUUGCUUUUCAAUAAUAUAUAAUUCGAAAUUUCACACUGAAUUACAUAUAUUUAAAUGUUCGGCUUUAAGUAAAAAUUGUUGUGAUAAUUUGAACAGAUCAUGAAUAUUUGCUAUGGCCCUUUGUGAUAAAAAAAA